AUGUUCCAUACCCCUCCAAUUAAUGGAUCUAUAAUGGAAAGUGCCCCACAGGCAAUAAGGGAAUCUUACCAAAUUCAGAUGGGAGGCUCUUCGCCUGAAUUGUCCAAUACUUCAAGCAAUGGGAAUGUUAUUCUAACAAAGGAAGAAAUAGCAUCUGAGGUGGGACAAAUUACGGAGCUUCCUGCCGAGCUUGCGAGACUGGUAGAUAACUUUAUUGAUGACCUUAAACAACCAAAGUAUCUCAAGCCGCUCAGUGUUUUACAACUUUCAAGCUUGUUCCAGAAUUUCUAUAUGAAAUUUGACAAAGCGGCGUUUCAGUACCUAAAUCGUCCUCAGGAUGCUACAGGGACUACGUUCUUGUACGCACGAGAGACUCUGAGCAGUGGUAUUAGUGGAAUAUUCAAUCGAAGUCGGAGCAGCAGCGACACUGCAAGGAAGAGAUCAUCUUCGCUGUUUAGCACGGAUUCUGCCAAUGGCCCCCAGCCGAUGCUUACACCUGAUGAAAUAAACAGACAUAUCAGAAUAAAUGAGCUUAACAACUACAAAAUUGACAAAUUGCUGGAACUAUGCGAACAUGAUACUUUCAAAAAAAUCCUAGCUGUUGGUACAUCGGUUCCAGGUAACUCUUUCAGGAUGGAAAAGUCGCAAAAAGGGCUGAAGGCGACCAAUCUUUUUAAAAACAGCCCGGAAUUCUUGGAAUUUGAUCGGGCGGUGUGGGAUAAAACAUUGGUUAUUUCAAACAUGUCUGCAAAUGGGAAAUUGGAUUUGAAAACUUUCCUAUCGGUUCCCCGACAAAAUCUUGACACAGCCCACCUAAUGAGUUAUUUAGAGAAAAUGGUCAACGGACCAUUGGCUCCUUACGAAAAACUGCUAAAUGUGAUAAAUUUGCACGAUGAAAUGACUAGAACAUUACAACAUUUGAGUAAUGACGAUUUUCUAUCCACUUUGAUUUACUUGACGAUCCAUACCCCUAUCAAGCACAUGUUUCUCAAUCUACAGUUCAUCAAGUUUUUUCGCUACAACAAGAAACUAAUUGAAAAAGACCUAUACGCACUUACCAACUUAGAGGCAGCAUUGACAUUCAUAGAAGGGCUCACUUUGACCUCUCUUCCUUCAGAGGUUGAAGUCCAGCUAUCUAAUGAUGAAUCAUCAGCGCUACAGAUGCCGAUUUCUCACAAAAUAGCACUUCCAGAACUACAUGUUACCGCGAAUGACUCUAAUCAGCAUUAUUCUGGCUUACCCAGAUCCAACUCAUACAAAGAGUUUGAAGGGCUAAAGACCGCUUUUGAUUCUUCUUUGCGCAACAUAUUUGGCAAAAUAAGAUCGUAUACACCUCCUACUGGCGCACAACAGUCCGGUUUAAAUCCAGAUAAAGUGGCCAAUGGUCCUGAAAACUUAUUGACUCAAGCUGACGGCGAUACAGCUAAAAAGAUCAUAUCAAUCCCGGAUUCUUGGAGGACUCUCGGAAAUCGGGAGUUUGAACAGCUUAAGGUAAGCGAGUUAAAACAAAUCUUCGAAAACUACCAGAAAUUGUUAGAUGCAUUAGACAACCGAUAG